AUGAGUCAAUUUCAGUUAUUUCCACCGCCAUCGACGGAGGUGAAGCCCAAGAACCCGUUCCGCAAGGGUGUCCAGAAACCUCUCCCAAAGACAGAAUCUGGACCUUCAAUACCUCUCAAUGAAAUCAAAACUUCUCCACAGACAACAGAGUCGGUGCUGUUUCAAAUCAUCGAAGAUACAAAGUCUCUUCCUCCUCCACCCCCACUACCAGCACAUCUCGCGCGGUCAAAGUCUCCGGCGAAAUCGGUUUCAUCUAUUGAUUCCCAAUCUGCACGUAGCCGAAGUCGUCAAGACAACCAGUCGAGCCACAAAGCUUUGCCUUCUCAAAGUAGCAUGAGCAAUAGCAGUGGUAGCUUUCGAACGACCACUCCGGCUACUUCGCCCGAAUCAUUCCAGUCAUCUGUCUCUCCGGUUCCAAUGAGAUCGAUGUUCCCCCAAUUCGAUCCGAAGAUACCUCUUAAUCAACAAAACUACCAUCUCCAGAUGCUUGCCAGUGCCCCAGAUUCAAAAUCAAAGCCACCUCGGCCUAAGCUUACGCUUUCACCGACAUCUGAGAUUGAUCAGGCUCUCGGACCGAAGACUGUGCCUGCGAGCGUGCUCAAUUUUCCAACUGGAGUUUUAGACCCGGAAGAGUUUCGGUUUUCCUCACCGCAAGAAUUGGACAUGCUAUGGGAAGCUGCCAAUGGCCAACGACCCCAGAAUCUGUGUGGAUCAUUUCACCUACGUCUGACAAAAAACGGGCCAGCAACCUUCGUCUUCGGUAAUUCAGAACAACCAUUUUAUACGCUACAAACCUACUCAAAUGAUGAACUGGCUAUCUCUCGUAGUGCGCCAUCAAACCCCGAUAAUGAUGUGCCAAUCAUGACAUUGAGCCUUGAAAACCGCAGUCGCCGCGAGCACCCCAACGAUGGACUUGUCGCGCUUCUAUUUUCACGGCUGGCCGCUAUUCUUGCAAUUGAGCAAGCGGAUGAAGUCAGCAAACAGCACCAACUUUCAGGCUCGGAAGCCACAGAGGUUGAGAGGAAUGCCCUGAAACGGGCCGCGGCUCAGGAGUCUUGUCGAUUGUCUUGGAACCGCAAUCUGAGACUUUAUGAACUUCGGCAUCCCUCGCUAUCCAAACGGCACCCGCCAGCCCUAGUAGGGGCUGCAGGGAUUCCACUUUCUCCUGUAGAGGCUCAAUCCUCUGGCAUUCUGUAUAUCACUGUCUCUACCCCGUCUAGCGAUCCCAACCUCAAACAGCCACCGACAAUCAUUGUUACUGGACCGGUCUCAUCAUCUUCUAUGGAGGCCGCGACACAAGCUGCUAAUCCACGCACCUCAGUCCUUCCCGUGACAGAUUCUGACGAGCCACUUGCGACGUUGGACUUUGCUACUCGAACACUUUCCAUCUCUCCAGCUGCCGUGAUUGCUACUAUUCCCUCACUUUAUGCCGUCGACUCUCUCAUCGCUGCAAUCUUGGCUGUGGCCGUAUCCGACGAAGCUACAAAUCCAAUCCUAGCGAACAUGGAACUUGGAUCCCCCAAGUCAAUGGUCUCAAGCAUCACACCGAAGUCACGACAGGGGGUGCCGUUCCGUGGAAAAUUGAUCACAACCCUAGCAGAACGUGAAGACUACGCCGAGAGUCUCGAGCUGGCAUCUCAGAUUGAAGCCGCCAAGGCCAAACAGGAUCGGCCGAAAGCGAAAGGUCCAUUGAAAUUCUGGGAUCGGUCUAAAUCUGCACCGCAGAAGGUCGAACAAAAUCCAAAGUCUAAGAAGAAGCAAAAGAACCAGAAGAUUGUGGUUGAGGAAUUCGACCUGGAGAAGUAUGGUCGGUAUGGGCAUUCUUCGUCACGAGAAGGUGAGAAGUUACCUGGCAUCAUAAGGGGCAUAUUAAAGAUUCUAUUCUUUGGCUUGGACUUGAUUGUGAGAACAUUGGCACUUUUUGUUAAGAUUUUGGCAUGGGUUCUGGUUAAUUCUACACGCUGUGUGACAAGUGAGAAGUUCUAG